AUGAGCCAAGCAAAAUCCUUUGAUCCUAUUACUUCAUCUACUCAAUCUGAUCUUAUUAGCAGCACCAUCCAGGGUGAAACAGUUCAACCUCCACCUCCAUUGGUACAAAGUAAUGAAGUAAACAAUGAUGAAGAAAAUGCUAAUAAGAAAAUGAAAGUUGGAGAAGCUUCAACAUUAACCACAUCCAACGAUCCUAAUGUUGCAUUUGGAGACUCAGGUAAUAGAAAACCUAUUAAACCUAGAUCUUGGACUUGGGAACAUUUUACAAAAAUAGGAUCAAGAGCUAAGUGUAAAUGGUGUGAUGUAUCAUAUGCUGCUGAUUCACAAAAAAAUGGCACAAGUAAUUUGAAACACCAUUUGUUGCACCAAUGUAAGAAGUUUCCCAAAGAGUCUCUUGAUCCCACUCAAAAGACUCUUGUUCUUCAACAAUUGAAAAAAGAAGAUAGAAACGGAUAUGGUAGUGUUCUCACUAGUGUCCAUUUUGAUGCCGAGACAUGUAGGAAAGCUUUAGCUAGGAUGAUAAUUAUUGAUGAGUUGCCUUUUAAGUUUGUUGAGGGAGGGGGAUUUCUUCAUUUUAUGAGUGUUAUGCAACCUAAACUCUCAAUUCCUUCAAGGAUUACAAUUUCAAGAGAUUGUUGGGAUUUGUACACGAGUGAGAAACAUAAGUUAAAAACUGUGUUAAGAGUGACCAUAGGAAAAAAAAUUGAAAAAUGUUUGGAGGAAUGGCUAAUAGGUAAAGUCUUCACCAUUACGGCUGAUAAUGCUAGUUCCAAUGAUGUUGUUAUCACUUACUUGAAAAAUACAAUGGAUGAUUGGAAUUCACAUCCAUUGAAAGGGGAAUAUAUGCAUGUUCGUUGUUGUGCACAUAUUUUGAACCUUGUGGUCCAAGAUGUAUUAAAAGACUAUCAUUCUUCAAUUAGUAAGAUUAGGAAUGUUGUUAGAUAUGUUCGUGCCUCUCCGGGUCGUUUGGAUAGGUUUAAAACUUGUAUUAAGGAAGCUAGGUUACAAGAAAAGUCGAUUGUUCAGUUGGAUGUUUCCACUAGAUGGAACUCCACAUAUAUUAUGCUUGAAAGUGCGUUGAAGUUUCAGAAGGCGCUUAAGAGAUUGAGUGAGAAGUGUGCUGAUUUUGUGUUGAUUCAAGGUGGUAUUCCAAAUAAUGAGGAUUGGGAUAAUGCAAAAUGUUUUGUUAAUUUUUUGAAAAUAUUUUUUGAUAUCACAAAGAAGGUUUCAGGUUCUACUUUUGUAACCUCUUCUCAAUAUUUCAAUGAACACAUUAUGAUCUUGACUACAUUCAAGGGGUGGAUGGGAUUAACAAGUUCAGACAACUUGCUUGGAAAGAUGGCUGAAAAUAUGAAAGCUAAAUAUGAGAACUAUUGGGGUGAUGUUAAAAAAAUGAACAUUCUGCUCUUUGUUGCUGUUGUGCUUGAUCCUCGACAUAAGAUGCAGUUUGUUAGGUGGGGCUUGAACAAGGUAUAUGAGAAGAAUGUUGCUGAAUCUUUGUAUAAGAAAACAAAGGAGACAUUAUACAAAAUAUUUGAUAGUUAUGUUAUUGUUCUGUUGAUUCCUCUAAUAAUUUUCUGA